UGCGAGGUAUAAUAGCACGGGGUGCAGUUUAAAUUCUCCUCAACUAAACCCCACUCAUCGUUCUUCUUCAUGUUUCACUCCCAAUUCUGCUACUAAACUAGUAACCUCCGCAAUUCAAAUUCAACAUUCGAUUCCACAAUGCAUUUUCCUUCACUUUCUCAUCAACAAUCAACACGUUUUUGAUUCUUCCCUCAUUCAAUCUGGAUAACUCUUCUGUCAUGAACGGUUUGUUAUCACACCUUUCAUCGUUUACCGCCACCAUAGUCGGAAGAACCACUCGAUUCGUCUCAAACAACGGAACUUCUUCCAAUUUCUCGUUCCCGAUAAAAUCACUCCAUUCUUGUGUUAGGUCUGAAUUCGCGUUGACAGGGUUUCGCUGCUAUUCCACUAAAAAAUCACGCAAAAGUGGUUCUUCUCAGUUGCAGAAAGUAGAGGCGGAAACGACUAUGGAUCAGGAAAAAGAUGCUUUUUAUGUUGUCCGGAAAGGGGAUGUUGUUGGAAUUUAUAAUAGUCUCAGUGAUUCUCAAGCUCAAGUUGGAUCUUCGGUAUGUGAUCCUCCUGUUAGUGUAUUUAAGGGAUAUUCAUUGUCGAAUGAAACAGAGGAAUAUCUUCUCUCGCAUGGACUAAAGAAUGCUUUAUAUACAAUUAGAGCCUCUGAUUUGAAAGAGGAUUUGUUUGGAUCACUUGUUCCAUGUCCUUUCCAGGAUCCUUCUUCUACCAAAGGGACCACAUCAAAUGCAGAUACAUCUAAAAAGAGACCUAUAGGAGUGCUCGGACAAGAUAAUUUGGAUCCUUCUUCUACCAAAGGGACCACAUCAAAUGGGGAUACAUCUAAAAAGAGAGCUAUAGAAGUGCUCGGACAAGAUAAUGUGAAAUCAACUGGUUUGACAUCCAUCUCUGAAGAUCCCUUCAGAAAGCAAGUCAAGUUAGAUCGUGCUGCUGCGAGCGAAGCAUCUUCACUUGCAACUAAGACUUGUAUUGUUGAGUUCGAUGGUGCGUCAAAAGGAAAUCCUGGAAGAGCUGGUGCUGGUGCUAUUCUGCGAUCCAAAGAUGGGAAUGUGAUUCAUAGGGUUCGUGAAGGCGUGGGUAUAGCAACAAACAAUUUUGCUGAAUAUCGUGCAGCGAUAUUGGGAAUGAAAUAUGCUCUUAAAAAAGGAUUCACUAAUAUCUGUAUACAAGGGGACUCUAAACUUGUGUGCUCGCAGAUUGAUGGCUCAUGGAAGGUCAAGAAUGAGAGUUUGUCUACAUUGUAUAAGGUGGCCAAAGAACUCAAGGAUAAAUUUGCGUCAUUUCAAAUUAGUCAUGUUUUAAGGGAAUUCAACUCCGAGGCGGAUGCUCAAGCAAAUUUGGCCGUCCAUCUUGCUGAUGGCCAAGUUCAGGAAGAGUAGUAGGUUAAUUCAUUCAUGGCAGUUAAUGAUUAUGAAUCAGGUUUGUGGCAGAACACCUUCAAUUUACGGUUCCCUGUCACUGUUCUUUCAUUUAUUGGUGUCACAAAUUAUAUAGCAAUCAAAACCUCAAGGACGAACUAUUUUGAACUAGUCCUCUAUCACUGCUCAUGAAUUGGCUAAUGUUUUCUAGUUCAAUGUUUCGAGCCAGCAGUCUUCCCGUGGUCUUGAGAUGGCAAACAAAGCUCAUUUCAAUUUUGUUCUAAGUUUUUUGAAAAUUCUUCCCAAAAUUACUAACAGAAGAUCCAUAUGGAUGAUGAUGGAAUUGGGAAUUCCAUGAAGCCUCAUAAUUUCUUUAUUCGACAUUUGAGUCACUAAUCAUGUUGUGUAAGGAUUAAGAUGUUUCACAAAUAUGAAAUGAUUCGUAUAAACCACAUGAGUUUCCUAGUAAAUAAUGUCUCCAAUUUUGUAUGGCACUGACUAAUUAAGAAUUAAGCAAAAUCAAUUAAAGAGUUAA